GUCUUAUAACAUAUAUUUUCCAGGUCAAAACUGCUACUAUUGCUACAGAGAGGAAUGGAAAAACAGAAAAUAAUUCCAUGAACAUUAAUGCUUCCAUUUAUGAUGAGAUUCAGCAGGAAAUGAAGAGAGCUAAGGUGUCUCAAGCACUGUUUGCAAAGGUGGCAGCAACCAAAAGCCAGGGAUGGCUCUGUGAGCUGUUACGUUGGAAAGAAGAUCCCUCACCAGAGAACAGGACCCUCUGGGAGAAUCUCUCCAUGAUCCGAAGGUUCCUCAGUCUUCCUCAGCCUGAACGCGAUGCCAUUUAUGAACAAGAAAGCAAUGCAGUUCAUCACCAUGGUGACAGGCCUUCCCACAUUAUCCAUGUGCCAGCAGAACAGAUUCAGAGCCCCUCUCCCACCACCCUUGGGAAAGGAGAGCAUAGAGGCGCUUUCUUACCAGGCCUGCUGACUGCUGGACCUUGGCUGGGUGCUGCUCCGCAGCAGCAACAGCAGCAGCAGCAACAGCAACAACAGCAGCAGCAGCAACAGCAACCGGGUCCCAGACUCCCCCCAAGGCAACCGACAGUAGCAUCACCAGCUGAAUCUGAAGAUGAAAAUCGUCAGAAGCCCCGGCCACGAACAAAGAUUUCUGUUGAAGCCCUAGGGAUCCUACAGAGUUUCAUACAAGACGUGGGCCUGUAUCCUGAUGAAGAAGCAAUCCAGACUCUCUCCGCUCAGCUUGACCUGCCCAAGUACACCAUCAUCAAGUUCUUUCAGAACCAGCGGUAUUAUCUCAAACACCAUGGAAAGCUGAAGGACAAUUCUGGGUUGGAGGUAGAUGUUGCAGAAUACAAAGAGGAAGAGUUGCUCAAGGAUUUAGAAGACAGCAUCCAAGACAAAAAUGCAAACACGCUUUUUUCAGUUAAACUAGAAGAAGAGUUAUCGGUAGAAGGGAACACAGAGAUUAAUGCUGAACUGAAAGACUGAUCUAAAAGUAUUAUUUUCUUUCAACAGUGCCACUGGUAUUUACUAAUGAAAUGAAAAUUCCAUCUUGCGUUCUGUCAAACCUUUAUUAUUCAUUGUUUGGCCAAUGAAUCUUCCAAAACUUGCACAAAAGUUGAAAAAAGGAUAAUGCAGACUGCACUAGAUGUUUUACUCUGUUUUACAAACUGCUUCGCAGCAACAGAUGAAGCGUUGAGGAUUGUUUGAUAUUAAUUUGUGUUCACUGGAUACACUGUGAGUGUACCCAAUAAGCAUGAUACCAGUGAUUUUGAUUCUGGAGCCUUCAGACAAGCAUUACAACUUUUGUGAUUUACUGUUUUUUGUUUUCAUUAUGUUCUUGUUUUUAAUUAUUACUGUAGCACUCCACACUUGAUCUUUGGAAACUAACAUUUAUUUAAAAAAAUAAAAUAAAAAGAGUUUGUUACUCUUGUUCUAUUGUAUGUUACAAAAGAACUAUAGACUGUGGAAUGCAGUUUAAAGAUAACAUAUGCCAACAAAUGCCUUGUAUUAUAUGGCACUGCCGUAAUUCAGAUUUGUUUUCUUUUGGAAAUAAAGGUCACUGUAUUUUUUUUUUUUUCCAUUCUCAUUGUUACAUGGUUUUAAAGAAAAUGAAAAAGAAAAUGUGAAACACAAUUUAGUCCUCAUUAUUUAUUUGUAGAUCCUGCAGCAUCAUGUUGUAAUUAAUUUUUUUGGAAGUUUCCGUUAAAUGUAAUAUUGCUUCUCUUGUUAUCAUACUGAUUUUUUUUUCUAUUUAUAAAUGUAUUUUGAUGGGCAGUAAAACAAAGUGUCUUAAAAGUUUUAAAUAGAGAAAAUGUGCUUUACACAGUUGCCUAUAAAAAGUGCUCUAUGUUAUCCAAGCAAUUCAUACUAUAAGCUUCACUCUUAUUGUUGUAUGCAAUUUUUACUAUCAUGCAAAUAAGCUUAGGUAAAUAAAACUAAUAGAUCACCUUAGAAACUUAUGCAAUUAAUGUGAAAAUAAUUGAUGUUUGCAAUGUGUCUUCCUUUGGUUUACAAUCAAUUUUAAAGCUACAGCUGUAUAAAUUUUCUGUAUAAAGGUGUAUUUCUUUUUUAUGAGUUUAUUGCUAUGAAAACACCAGUUAUUUUGUUACAGCUGGCUGUUUUUAUAAGUGUAUCACAAUUUUCUUUAUGCAGAAAUGUUCUGACUAGGAGUGGUUAUUGACUGUAACUACACAAUUAAAAUUGUUUGUAUGGUAUGAUA